AUGAGCGCCCUUCAUCCGGAACCGGACUCUGGCCAGACCUCCCGGGCGCCACGACAGACUAAGCAAACCAUGACACCUUACUUCGCCUACGGUAGCAACCUCCAACUGGCUCAGAUGGCCCAGCGAUGCCCCGCCAGCAUCUUCAGUGGCAGAGCGACCUUGCCAGGAUACCGGUGGCAGAUCAACCAGCGCGGCGUCGCCAAUGUCGUACCAUGCGACGAGCCAGGCUGCAAGGUCGAAGGCCUGAUCUAUCUCAUCAACUCCAAGGACGAGAAGUCGCUCGACAGGUCCGAAGGUGUGGCCAGAGACUUCUACCAGAAACACCUGCUGAGGAUGUCCUUUGAGCCGCACGAGCGCUUCGCGUACUACAAGACAUCCGGCCUAGCCGCUGCGCUCUCGGGCCGGGGCGGCGUCGCCGAGUACGACGGUGUCGGCUCGAUGGGACCGGGAGGGGGCUUUAGCGACGUGAUGGGCGCGGAACCUGCGACGACCGGCUCGCCUGGGUUCAUCAAGGCGCUCGUAUACAUGAGCAAGAACUACGCGGAGGAUGGGGAGAUUCGUUCAGAGUAUAUCGGACGCAUGCAGAAGGCCAUCACCGAUGCUUUGAGACUGGGAGUCAACCAGUCCUUCAUCGACGACUUCAUUAGGCCGCACCUAGGCAGCGCCGUCUCCCCGGACAUGCCCGGCCUGCCUCCCAGGAAGCGCAAGGUCGAAUCAAAACGCAAGUCGGGCACCUUAACGGCGCCGGACUCCGCAUCGCGCUCGAAGCAUGCAGACAUGAUGGAGAUGGACACCGAUCAGGGAUCGAAACCCUACAUCCUCGUGCGAGAAGUAUCUCCGCGGCCAGGGAAGCGAGUUGACGUCAAAGCUUUGCUGCAUGAGAACCGCGAGCGCCAUCACGAGUCGCGGCUGGCGUACCCCGCGGAAAUGCUAAACUUGCUGCUCGACGCCCACGCAGGGGAUGGCCGGGAUGAUGAGACUGUCUUCGCCCAUCCCGGCCACGACGAUGGACCUGGAACUGGCUAA